GCACAGUUUGGAGCAGUUGGUUGUUGGCCGGCAGCAGCAGUAGCAGUAUCCACACUAUUUUCUAUAUUUCACAAUAAUAAUAAAUCAGUCUAAUAUAAUAAUAAAUAACAUUCAAUAAAUCGUACGUGUUAAAAUAAUAUAUUGUUUAAAUAUUGCGGUAUUGUUGAUGAUAUUAAUUACAAAUAACCAGUUGUAAUAUUAUACAACAUAAAAGUAUAAAACUAGAUGAGCCAAGUAAAGUGUGUGUGUGCAACCAAUAUUGGAGAAAAUGGCGUAGCUUAUUAUUAUUAUUGUGUUGUGUUGUGUAUGAGUGAGUAAGUGCAUAUAGCUGUGUUUGUACGUGCAAUGAGAAUAAAUAAUUUAUUUUCAAGUGUUAUUUAUGAAUAAUUAAAUUAAAUUUGAGUUUAGUGAUGGCCAAUUCAGUGAUUAUUACUACACGAACCAUAUGAGUUGGUUAUUUCAUCAUCAUCAUCAUCAUCUUCAACUAUGUUUUGUAGAAAUAAAAAAAAAGGAAAAAUAAUUAUUUUGACAAUUAGGAUGUAAUGUAAUAAUUGAAUAUAUAUUAUCAUAAAGGUGAUUAUUAUUAUUAUUAUUAUUUACAAGUGAUCAAAGUGAGUGUUUAUAUGUGUGUUUUAUUAUUAUUGUUUUGAUACACAAUUACUUGAUGGUAUUUGUGUGUUUAUACAAUGAUAAUGACGAUGAGGAUGAUGAUGGUGUUGGCUUUGUGGCCAUGCCCCUGGAUAAAAAUCAUUUGACAGCUACUUGAUCAUUAUUAUUAUUAUUAUUAUCAUUCAAUUGGACCCAAUGAUACUUCAUCUAUUCAGUACUCCAAAAUUUAUUCAGUUCCGUCCAAAUAUUAAUGUGUUGUGUGUGAUGACAUGACAUAGUAGUGGUGGUAGAAUUAUCAUUGAAAAAUUAAAAUUAAACGAUGUCAUUAACAAAGCAUCUAAGUAAUAAUAAUAUUAAUAUUUACCUCGUGACAGUUUAAUGUUGUUUGUCUGCUAGUCUGCUAGUCUGUGUGUGUGUCAAUUGUAGUGUCAGAUGGCACCACCAGUUUUUUUGACAGUUUCUAUAUACACACACACACACACUCAUGAAUUAUCAUCACAUCAUCAGCUGGAUAUUUUAAAAAACACAACAAAAAGUGACAAUAAAUAGUGAUAAUUAAUUAAAUUAUUUGGAUAUUUAAUAAUUAAUUAAUUAAUAUAUAUAUUUUUGAUUCAACUGAUCGUAUUAUGAGCAGAGAAUUCUACGUUCCCUGUACACCAUACGCAUAUCCGGAGUGUAGCAGUGAACCGGAGGAACAAAUUGAUGGUGGUGGUGGUGGCAGCAGCAGUGGAGUUGAUGUUGAUGUUGAUGUUGAUGGCGAUGUUGAUGUUGAUGGUGGUGUAGUUGUAGUGAGUAACGACGAGGGAGUAACUGGCAUGGAUUGUAUGCCACUACGACCAGGACCAUUUCACUAUUUGAUAAGUGAGCAAGCCAAGUCAUUGGUUGCACUUCAAGAAUUACAGAAUGAGGUCGGUGCAUUACUUGAAUUUCGGGACCUCGUUAUCGAGACAUUCCCAAACCUCAGGCACAAGAUGGCUGGUUCGUCAACGGUAUCGGUCGCUUGUUCCGUAACAACAACAUCAUCAUCAAAUCAAAGUUCAAAUUCCCAUAUGCCAUUACCAUUAUCAAGUCCAUCAUCAAAUAUUCAUCAUCAACAUCAACAUCAGCAUCAUAAUCAUCAUCAGCAUCAGCAUCAUCGUAGAAUUGGUGAAUGGGAACCAGGAAAAAUACGAAGACGUAUUGUACCACGUGAUGCUGAAUCAUCAGCAUCAUCAUUACCAAGAAGUAGAAGUAAUUCACACAGUGGUGGUAGUAAAAAUAGUGCAACUGUUCAAGAUUCUGGUUUUAGUACUGAAACAUCAUCAAAAGAUUCAGCAUCAACAGCAAUACAAUCAACACCAAUAAGACCAACAAGUCCAAAACCUAUAUUAGAUGAAGCUGAAGAUGAAUUAUGGAAUUUACUUGAUGUUAUACAUCGUAAAGGUGUUAAAUUAAGAGAAGAAGUUGAAUCAUUACAGGGAAAAUUAGAGAGUGUUGCACCAAAUGAAAUUGGUCUUGCUGGUGAUAUUUUAGAAGCUAUUAAAAAAGUAACUGAUGAUGAUGAUGAUGAUGAUGAAGAGUCAAAUAGUAAUAAUAGUAAUAAUUUUAAUUGUAAUUGUAAUAUUAAUAAUAAUAGUAAUGACAAUUGUCACGAGUUGACAAUAUUAAAACGUGAAAAAAAACAAUUACUUGAUAGAGUUAUUGAACUUGAAGCUGAAACAAUAUCAAGUAGAGUUAAAGCACAACAAUUACAAAUUGAAUUGGCAGCUUUAACUGAAAUUAAAAAUAGUCUUGAAAAUCGUUUAAUAAAUAAAUUAAAUCAACAAGAUGAUAAUCAUAAUGAUGAUGAUGAUGACGAUACAGUUACUAAACAAAAAAAAUCAAUAACAAUUAUUAGCUCAACACCUAUAUCAUCACCAAAACACUCAAAUAGAUUAAGAAAUAAAACAGCGGCCUUUGAUUCAGUUAAUAAUAUUAAAUCAAAUAAAAAUAGAUUUCGUACUAGAACAAUUGAAAAAAAUGUACUAAUUGAAAAUGGUAAUGUCAUUGUACAGUCAGAAUUUGAUGAUAUUGAUCCAGUAUGUGCUGCACAAGAAAGAAGAUUACGAUUAGGUGCUCUUGAUUCAAUUCUCAUUUCACCAACAAGACUUACUAAUGUUAAAAAUAUUGAUUCACAUAAAAUUGCUGCAAUUUUAAAAGAACGUUCACCAUUUGAACUUCAACGACAUCUCAUAACGACAACCGUCCACAAUCAGUGCCUACAAAUGAGAUUAAAUGAGAUUGAAAAAAGUACUGACAAAUUGUCUGAUAAAUUGGACAAAACUAGAGAAGAAAAUGAUGAUUUACGAUUUCAGCUUGAAGAAAGAAAUAUAGAAUUAGAAGGUACACGAGCACGUGUACGUGUUUUAGAAAAACUACAACAACGAACACCAACUGAACAUGAUCCAGAUGGUGGUGGUGGUGGUGAUUUAUUAGAAAUUGACAAUACAUCAAGAUGUUUAGAACAAGGAAGUAGUACUGAAUCUGCUCGUGAUCAUGAACAUGUUAAUUCAAAUAAUAAUAAUAAUAAUAAUAUUAAUAUUAUUAAUAAUAGUCAAAUUGAAGUUAAACCAUCACCAAGACGUAGACCACCAAGUCGUAUACCUUUACCUGGUGUUACAAAAUCAACAGCACCAAAACCACCUAGUAACAUUAUUAAUACAACAAAAACAGAUUGUCGUGAAUCAUUGAAAAGUCUUAAAUCAUUGACAACAAGACCACCAAGAGACUCAAGUCGUGACAGUAUUACUGGCAAUAAAUCAUCAUCAUCACUAACUAAAACACGAGAUUCAUCACGUGAAUCACUAAAUAAAAGUUUACCCAAAAAUACAACUACCAGCAAGGACAACAAUAAUCGUGAAUCUUUAAAUAAAUCUUCAUUUCGUAGUUCUUUAAAUAAAUCAUCGUCAUUAUCACGUGCCAGAGAUUCACUUGAAUCAGCUAAUAAUCAUAAUAGUAACAAUCAACAACAACAACAACAACAACAACAAAAUUUAAAUAGUCCAUUAAAUUGUUGGACACCACCAACAAGUACUACUACUACUACUACUACUCUUAAUAAUAAUAUAAAUAAUAAUAAUAAUAGUAAUAGCACAACAUCAAAAAGACCACUUGCACCAGCUCGACGUUCUCAAAGUUUGGCACGGACUUCUGUUGAUACAAACGACACGACUGGCAAGGCAAUGACUGAUCCUCCAAGUUCUUGGUGUUCUUCGACAAUCGAUGACUAUCAUCAAAGUGAUGUGUCAUUGUAUCUUGAUUCAUUAAAUCAAGACAACACAUCAUUAACUGGCUCAACAAAAAUUGAAUUUAUCAUUGGCUCACCAACACGAAGAUUUAGACCAAAUUCAGCAUGGCAAAAUCCUUAUUUUGACAGCAUUGACUCUGGAGAAAUUGCUGAGAGUCUUUCGAUUGAUGAAUUUCCUCCAAGAUGCGGUGAAGCACUUGCUGAAUGUGAUUCACUUGAAAAACAACAGUUAUCCAGCAAUGAAGAAUAAAUUAUUUUUAAUUAUUAUUAAUUAUUAUUUUAUAAUUGAUAUACUUUAACAAAUUGUCAACUUCCAAAUACCAUUAGUUUUUAUUUUAUUUUAAAAUAUGAAAAGAAAAAUUUAUUUAAAAAUCAUUCAAUUGAUUACAUUAAUAUUUAUCAUUGUUAUUAUUUUUUUUAUUAUUAUUAUUAUUAUUUUGGUUGCAUUUAAUGCAAAAACAGGGUUGACACAAAAUUUUAUAAAUAGUUUUUUUAUUUUUUGUUAUAAACAUUACUCAAGAAUCAGUUUGUACAAAACAAACUUUGAAUUACUUGAUUAUUAUUAUCUCUAUAUUUAAAUUUUUAUUAUUUUAUUUGUUAAUCAGGCUGUGUUGGAAUAUUUUUUUUUUUUUUUCAAAUACAAAACAAUAUAUUUCGACAAAAUUAAUAAUUUAUUCCGUGAUGAAAAUUACAAAAAAUUAAUCAUACAUUCCAAUGAGUAUUUUCAUUUAAUGGUGGUUAUUGAAUGAAAAAAAGAAAAGAAAAAAAGUAAUUUAACGUCCAAGCAAUGUAAAAAGAAAUAUCGUCACGUUGUUGUAUUUAAAAAUAUUUGUAAAUAAUACAUAUCAAUGAAAAAGAAAAUAGCUAAGUCAAAUGAAAAGAAUAAAAUACUCACUUUUCAUAAUAUAAUAAAAUAUUUGGCAAUUAUUAUAAUAAUAUAUAUUAAAAAAAAAAAAAGAAUUAUUUUUCAUCGAGAUUAUUCAAGUUAAGAUUAAAUGAUUUAAUAAUUUGGAGCUUUAGUUGAUUAUGGCAAUGAAUUAAUUAUAAUUAUCCAACGAAUAUCACAAAUAAUAAUUUAGUGUAUUUAAUUGUGAUUUAGUAUAUUUAAUAUUUGUUAUUUAUUAUUUUUAAAAUCAUGAUGAUGAUGAUGAUGUAAGAUUGAGAUAAAUUUAUCAUCAUCAUGACUUUUCAUAUUCAUAUGUUGUGUGGUCAUUAACUUGUGAUUAACAUAAUCUAGAUAAGUUUAUAUGACUGACAAGACUCAUGUCUCCUAUAAAUAAAUAAAUUAAUAAUUAUUAAAUUUUUUUGUUAACACAUUUUUGAAAUAAAUUUAAAAACAACAACAACAAGUUAAAUCAAUGACACUUGGUUAAUUGAUCAACCAAUGAACUUGUUGUUUCAUUGAUAACUAGACAAACAAACAAACAAACAAAUGCUAUUAUUUUUAUACGCAAACAAUAAUAAUAAUUUAUAUUAUUAUGUUGAUCUUUAAAUGAAUGAAAAAAAUAAUGUGCAACUUGCUGGCUUUUAUUUUUCAUUUUUUAUCUUUAUUUUUAUUUGAUUAUCAUGAAAUUUGCACUCCAGGGACGUGUUAUCGAUUAAUUAUUAUUAUUGUAGAAUAUUUAUAAUCGAUGCACGAUAUAAUUUUAAUUAAUAAUAAUAAAAAUAUCACAAACAAACAACUAUAGGUAUAAAAAAUUUAAAAAAAAUAAAAUUUAUAGACAAGCUUUGUAAAUAUUUAUAGAUUUAAAAAAAAAAAAAAAAACCAUGUAUAGCUAUUAUUGUGUAUGUAUAUCGACGAUAAUUUAUAAUAAUUAUAAUAAUAGAAGCACUGAAAAGUAAAUAUUAAAAAAAAUAAAAAAUAAAACUUAUAACGUGUAAUGAUAAAUGCACGAAAACGUGAUAUUGUAUAAGUAUGUAUAAAAACAUAUGAUAAUUCAUUUACCUACCUAUGAAAAUUAAAGAAAAAAAAAAAACAAUAAUUUAUAAAUGGAACAAAAAAUUGUUUUUCACUUGACCAUUGGAUUUAAUAUAAUUAUAAUG